AUGGCUGAGCGUGAUGGUGACACCGCAGUGAGCACCGGGCUCGAUGCCACUCGAGGCAUGCAUCUCUCGAAGCAACUGCCCUACCCAAUAUGGUCUGAUCAGGCCCUGGGCGGCAUCUCCAUCAUGGAUCUUCCUAUGACGGAGCUGGGCAAUACCAACACUCUUCUCAAACACUUCGUGGAUGUGAUCACGAAUGUGCCGCCCCCCGACAAAAACACCAUUGAGUCCUUGAUUAAUGCUGGCAAAUGGAAUGAGCUUCCUCCGCCUUUCUGUCCCAAGCAGAAGCUGGACGUCAAGCUUGUCCUUCAAUUUGCCGUGCUCCCACUCACAAACGGGAAUGUCUGCAUAGUGAAGCAUGUUCAGUCACCUGAUCUCAAGCUGACAAAGUCUGUCGUGGACACCCUCUGCCACGGCACGCCCCAUGUGCUGAAUUGGCAUGGUCGCAACGCUUACGAUUUCAAGAAAGCAUGGCAAUGGUUCUUUGAACAGCUGGGAGGGUGGCAGUGUCGCUGCUACUCCCUUUCUGCAGUUGUUCCCCAUCAAGAAAAGGCUUCCAAACAAGGCUACUAUCUCUCUACCCUCUCGGAGGAGGAUGUGGACAAGGGCUUUGCCUUCAUCGAACAAGAAGCCGGCAACCUCGCAAGUGAGUGGAAGCGAGUGCAGUGGAUCACUAAAAACCUCCACGUGAACCAGGACUCGCCUAUUUUUCAGUGGCCCAUCUCCACGGUCGAGAAGUCCAUUCGUGCCAUCCAAACCGAUGGUGUCCUCGCACUUCCCGUAGAAAACUUCUUCUUCACCCUGGCAGACUUGGACUACCAGAUUUUGAAAUUUGGCGUCAACCCCAUUCUCAAAACCAUGACCACACAUGCCGUGGGGGUAGUUGGAGGUCCGGGAAGUGGAAAAACGCCACUCGCCAGAAUCAUAGCCCUGUGUGCCUCUCGUUUUUGGAAACGUGAACAAGGCAUCACAUCUCCACCUUCGUAUCGCGAGGCCUCCGAGUUCGACUUUUUCCGGGGUCACCCAGGUCGCAAAGACCGUCCUGACAUUCAUGAUGAUGGGCGGCUUGCUGAGGAACCCAUCAGAAAAAUGAAAGGUUUCACCGACGUUGGUUGUACUAUGUUGACCAAAGAGCGGUGGGGCGCGGCUAAGUUCGUCCAAGGGCAAAUGAGAGUCUUUGUCUGCAACGACUACGACUCCACUGAAUGGAUUGAGAAGCAUCAAAACAUUCGGGCCGGCACGGUUCUGCAGAUGCCCCAUGAGCAAUUCCUCGAAGUCGUUUCCCCAGUCUUUCCUAAGGAUACCAAGCUACCACACAUCAUGGCAGUCUUGAAGCGUGCCAAUGUCUUGGUCAACGCGGGAAACCUGGUGAUCUUCAGACGUGCCAGUCAGGAAGAGAACCGGGUCCCUUGUCUUGUCUUGCAAACUCCCGUGGACUACCUGAAAACAGAGGCACAGCAGAGGUACAUGCUGUAUCGCGAGAACAAGCUUGUCAAACCAGCUUCCUUCGAAGAUGACGUCGCUUGGGAGGCCCGCUAUCUGGACGCAGUCCUUCAUGACAAGGUCCUUCCACUCCCCAACCCGACUAUCAUCAAUGAUGCCCAGCAUCGUCUCUUUCAUGAUGAACCUCGCCCACCUGCUCACAGAGACAUAGAAGCCGCGGCUCCUUCCUCACUGCCUGCAGUGCCCUCGGUUCCCAAAGCGGUUGCCGUCAAGAAAGAGUCUGUGACUUUCCGAAGGGCUCUUUCCAGUUUGCAGGGACAUGUCAUCGAUCUUGACUCGCCUCCAAAGAAGGCCUUGCGUGCCGGAUAUGCAGACGUGAAGACUGAGAUCUCGGAUGCUGCAAAUGAGCCUGCCAGCCCAACAUCUUUGAUGGCUGCACCCGUCCCCCCCUCGAAGCCUUCCUCACCGGGCUCGAUGGCUGCACCCAUCUCUCCCUUGAAGCCUCCCUCGCAAGGCUCGUCUAUGGACAUUCAUGACCCAAUGGAUGACCUCUCACAUGAAGAAGGCCUCGAAAAUCUCUCCCAGGAGCUGGCCGAUAUCAUCGACCAACAGGAGACCGACUGA